CUUGAACUCUGGCUGCGGCUCAGUGGAACUUGGAGCGCGGGACCGUCAUGACCGGUAUUUCUUCCAUAUACGAACUCGCCUCAGGCCACAGGCCACGAGUGUUUUUUGUGUAUCGAAAUUAGGGUCAAACGCUUUUCUGUUAUACAAAACGUUUGUUAUUGAUUUUUUCAUAAUAUAGGUCUACGUAAUCUUUGGGAUUUUUUUUUCAUAUUAUACAUUUUAUUAUCGUCUACGUGAUCUUAGGUAUUCAUUUAGGGAUACGUUGGGUGUAGUAAGGAAAAUAGUUGAAUCAAUUUUAGUAGACCCUAAAACUCGGUCAAUCAUUGGGAUUUUUUCAUAUUAUACAUUUUAUUAUCGUCUACGUGAUCUUAGGUAUUCAUUUAGGGAUACGUUGGGUGUAGUAAGGAAAAUAGUUGAAUCAAUUUUAGUAGACCCUAAAACUCGGUCAUCAAAUCUUAAGAAAUGUUCACCUCAGUUUAGUCCAGUGAAGAAUUUAGCAAUUUGGGAAUAUUGUCUCUGUUGUGGAAAAAAGUGUUUUAGUGAAGUUUGUUAUCAAUUUUGGAAGUGCAUCGUAUGUGGAGUGAUUGUUGUUAUCAGUGUGUUGUCAUAUAUGUUUCCUGCCAUAUGAGUGGAAUGGUGGACACUUGUUGAUAACACGUGCUUGCUGAGCUGUCUUUGGAAUACGCGUUAUCGCUCAGUUGGACAACGUGCGUGCGUGCCUGACGCAAGUGGAGCGACUGGGUGUUACGUUGGAGGGCAUCUCGACGCGAGAUGUACGCGAUGGCAACUUGAAGGCGAUUCUUGGCCUCUUCUUCGCACUCUCAAAGCACAAACAGCAGCAGAAGCAGAUUGAGAGAGACAAAAUGCAGCGACUGAGCGACCACUCACACUCUAGAUUACCAUCUCCAUUUCAUGGAGGGCAACAAGGAGGACAAACGAGCAUCCCUACGCCAGUUGUACAUAGAUCUCCAGCAGUUCAAGUCCAAGGAAAUGGCGCACUCAAAUGUCCCUCUGCAAGUAGCUCUCGAUCGACAAGUCCAUCGCAUUCAUUCAUACCAACACCGCGAGUGACGAAUCGGACAUCACUCAAUGAGAAGCAACUAACAAGUGGACGAGCCGGUAGCAUUGCUCGCAAUUCUCCUACAGCUGUAAAUAGUCCCUACAGUUCACCUUCUAAUAAGAACUCCAUGCUUGACAAGUUCAAACUAUUCAAUUCAAAAGAAAAGAACAAGCCAGGUACAGGUAGUACAAAGCGCACAUCCAGCUCAAGUGGCUUCAGUUCAGCUCGAUCUGAGAGAAGUGACUCCUCAACCAGCCUGUACAGUGAUGUCAAAUCAGCUAUUCCAGACAAGAGAGAAGCCGGCCAGAACGAUUUAAACUCGCUGAAAACUGGACUGAAGAAGAAAGUAGUGAAGGGGAAUGCGGCUGGAGAAACUAGGAUAGUGCGUAUUCCUAGUAAAUCCGCGCUGAACCGCGCAUCGGGGAAGGUCGAUCCCAACUCAACUGUAAAGCCGAAUGAUGAGCAUGCUGUCCCAAUACAACAAGGCCACCAACAUCAGCAACAACAAAUGCACACCCAAAAUCAACAACAACAAAUGCACAACCAUAAUCAACAACAGCUGCAUCAGCACAACCAAAUCCAGUAUAUACAACAACCACAGCAACAUCCGCAGGUUCAACAUCAGACCCAGAAUCAACUGCAGAAACACCAAGAAAAGUUGUUGCUACAACAACAGAUUCAUCAGAAACAACAGUUGUUACACCAUCAGCAACAACAGAUGCAACUGCAACACAGGCAGCAGCAACAACAGAGGAUACAACAACAACAACAACAACAGCAGCAGCAGCAGCAGCUGCAUCAGGCAAAUUUGCAGUAUCAGCAGAAUGUUGAACAUUCACAGGCACUAGUCACUUCGCCGGUGGAGAAUCACCAGCCGCCUGUGGUCAGUCCAGUUGAAGAUCAGAAGAGUAUGGAGCCGGUUGAGUCGAUGAUGGUGAGCUCUGGCAGCAGCGAACCGCUGCGAAUCGCAGGGGGCAGCGGAAUUCCGAAGCCGACGGCGGCUGUGAAGGGUACCGCGAAGCCGACGCAUCCGGUAGCGCCCAUGCCGCAGAAGGGCGACGACGACCACCCGCUCAAGCCCGAGAACAAGCUGUUUGUCGACGAGAAGAAGCUUGUAGUUGAGUGCUCGGAUGAAAAGCAACAAGUACAAGAAGAAGAGGAGACCGCUGUUAAUGUUAAACCAAUGCAACCGCUGUUGAGGGGAUACAAACGAAGUAUUGCAAUUUCUCCUCGCAUGCUCCAUAAUGCUGGCGCACAAAAUUAUCGAACCGUACCCCGAGUACCUGAUUACUACUCGCAUCGAGGCCUGGUUGAAGAGAGAGGCAUGGGCGAUGGCGACUACAUGAACAUCGAUAUUGCAUCAGGUUAUAUGUCAGAUGGUGAUCUGCUGCAGACGACUGAAACGAAUGAUAUGUUGGAUGGAUACAUGUCCGAAGGUGGAGCUCCAUUCUACAAACUGCAACAAGAACAAAGAUCAUCCUCAGGAAACCGUCUAGAACCAAUUCGAUCUGCCGUUAGACCAAAAGUCGGACUACAACCAGAGCGGUUGAAUAGUGGUCGAAAAGUGCCAAAUGCUGUAGAACUGUCAACUCACGAGAACCAUAUCCAAAAGCCAGUAGGAGUGUCGAGUGGCGCUGGGGGUGGAAGCAGGGGGGGCCCACUCAGCCCCAGCCCCCCUGAACCCCAGCCCCCUGUUGUCUAUCGUGUUGUCGGCAGCAGAUCUCACAUCAAAAAGUCUGACAGCAGUCAGCAAACUGAAAAUAGUGCCUUCAGACAAGUUUCAAAUACACAGUGGAAGAAGUAUGUGGAAGGAGCAGGGCUGCAGAGAGGGAGAACGGAGUUGGAAGUGGUGAGAAACAGAGACAAAAGAUCCGCCACCAGUAAUGGUCUCUCAAGAAAACCAGACAAGAAACGAUCAGGAUCGAAAGAGGAGCUGGGCGUCAGCGAGGUGGAGCUGUGCAAUGGCGAUCGGAAGGGCGGGGGCGGCAGCAAGGGCGGAGGCGGUGGAGGCAGCAGUGGAGGGGGCGGCAGCAGUAAGGUGCGUGGAGUGCCGCCUUCGUUCGGCUACGUCAAGCGGCCCAUCAACGGAGCCGGCGGUAAGACGCACAGUGGCGAAACUAGGACUGCCCAGGUGUCAGCUGUUCCACGCACUAAGGUGAAGGUGUCAGGCGGCACCCAGACGGACCUGAAGGUGUACGGGGGCGGUUCGGGCGCCCCGGGCUCACCAGGCGGCAGUCAGCUGACGGCGAGCGUGCGGGAGCGCCUGUUCCAGGGCUCGCAGAGUCUGCCCAAGUCGCGGACGCCACACCCCCAUCACGCCGAGCGCGACAGAGACAGUGGCUCGCUGUCCGACUCCAACUAUGCCGACCUCGCCUCUCUCUCUAGUCCCUACAGCUCCUGGCUCAGACACACCUCUGCCUACACCGCAUCCUUACCGGCCCGUGCUACCACUGUGGGAAUGGUGGAAGCUGAUAGCAUAGAAUCGCUACCGGCGCAGUUACACCAUAGAGCAAGUCUCACCCACACACGAAUCCUAGGCUCUGGCUCACCCAACCCCAGUCAUAGGCUCAGCAGAAGUAAUAGUAUUAGCUACCUCCGAGAUCGGACAUUCCCAAGAUCGACCAAAUCUGAAAAGCUGUAUCCAUCGAUGCUACAGCGCUCGGAAGAAGUGGAGCCCUAUUAUAGCAUUCCGUACAACAUUCAGGCGGGACAGGGACACCAUUCGUCCCAGCCCACUAGUCCCACCCCUAGUCAGAUGUCCCAGGGCACACCCAACAGGUUCAACUAUCCCCUAUCUCCUAUAAGUGCCUCACCUUCAAGUCACGGCAUCGGAAGACCGCCGCAGUAUGUGGGUCUAUUCUCAAAGACCAACAACAAGGAUGACGAUGUGCACGGUUCAGCAGUGAGUUUGGUUUCAACAGCGUCGUCCCUGUACAGUACACCCGAGGAGAAGCAAGCUCACGAGCUGAGAAAACUGCGCCGGGAGCUGGGAGACGCCCAGGAAAAGGUGCAGACUUUGACCAGCCAACUCUCCACAAAUGCCCAUGUUGUAUCUGCAUUCGAACAGUCCCUGUCGAAUAUGACUCAAAGGCUUCAGCAAUUAACUGCCACCGCUGAGAAAAAAGACUCUGAACUGAAGGAAUUGCGACAGACAAUCGAUUUGCUAAGAAAACAAAGCCAGGAAGCUGGACUGACGGGUUGUGGCUCUCCUUCGCUGGCAAGGAGGCAUACCAUCAAUACACCAGAGACAGCAAAUGGUAGCAAUAUAUCUCGCCAGCUAUCGACUGAUUCGGUGUCGAGUUUGACGUCAUUGUCGUCGGCAUGCAGUCUGUCAAGCACGGCUCACAAUGAUUCUGGUGGAGAUAAGAAGAAGAAAAGAGGCUGGCUUCGAAGUUCGUUCAACAAGGCGUUCUCGCGGUCGAAAAAGACGAAGAACGGCGCCGGUGGUGGUGGAGGACUGUCGGACGCGGAGGGCGACGCCAAGGGUGGCAAUUCGGACGUGUCCGCCCCCUCGUCACCGCUGCUCAACUCGCCGCACCACAUGAAUGGCCGCACCACCGACUCCAAUGGAUCGCCAAUGGCAGCCACCCCCAAUGGCCAGUCCAUCAAGGCUAGCCAAUCGUCGUCCGCGAUUUACGAGCGAGAAUCAGGCCCUGAAGUCGUGGAAGAGCUACGGAAACAGCUACGAGAAAAAGACCUGGUGUUGACGGAUAUUAGAUUAGAAGCACUCAGCUCAGCACAUCAGCUAGAAUCUCUCAAAGACACUGUCAUCAAAAUGAGGAAUGAAAUGUUGAACCUGAAGCAGGACAAUGAGAGGUUGCAAAGGAUAGUGACAAGUAAGUCGCUGACCUCCUCGCAGAGCUCACUGCCUCUUAAUGACUCGUUAGAAAGGAGGUUCAGUAUGACCGACGCCGUUUCUACAGAUCACAGAACCGAACUGUUCGCGUGUGAUCCAGACGGCAAGAGAGUGUGCCUGUCAGUGUACCUCGGCUCGCAUGGCAGCUACCACAAAUACGUCGAUGACUCAACCACAGUUCCUAUCGGUAUCAUUUCCGUCUCCACCAAAACCAAGUGGGACAUGCUCGAUUCCAUUGUCAGGAGGGCCUUCAAGGAGUACGUUGAGAGGAUCGACGCGAGCCUCGGCCUGUGCGCGGACAGCGUUGCCAGCUACCAGGUGGGGGAGGUGGUGCGGGGGGGACCCGGGAGCGGCAGUCAACCGCCUCCCGAGCUGCUGCCCUGUGGCUACCUGGUGGGCGCCGCCUCCGCCUCCAUAUCCAUCUGCCUGAAGGGCACCCCCAGCAUGGAUGCGCUCACAUUCACCACACUCAUACCAAAGCCCAUAGUACAAAGAUAUGUAUCAUUAUUGUCGGAGCACCGACGUAUUAUUCUGUGCGGACCCAGUGGAACUGGCAAAUCGUAUCUAGCCAAUAAGUUGGCCGAAUUCCUUGUUCUAAGAGCGGGGAAGGACGCCACUGCCGAAUCCAUAGCUACAUUCAAUGUCGACCACAAGAGCAGCAAAGAGCUGCGCCAGUAUUUGUCGAAUGUGGCGGAACAGUGUGAGACGUCGGCGUCGGAUCUGCCUCUGGUAAUCAUCCUCGACAACCUGCACAACGCCGCGUCGCUGGCUGACGUCUUCAACGGAUUCCUCAGCUCCAAGUACGCCAAGUGUCCCUACAUCAUCGGAACCAUGAAUCAGGCCACCUGCUCUACCACCAACCUACAGCUUCAUCAUAAUUUCAGGUGGGUGUUGUGCGCGAACCACAUGGAGCCGGUGAAGGGCUUCUUGGGUCGCUACCUGCGCCGGCGGCUGACUGAGGCCGAGUGUCAGUCUGGCCAACGCAACAAUGACCUCGCUCGCAUCGUCGACUGGAUCCCGCGAGUCUGGAACCACCUCAAUCAGUUCCUAGAGGCCCACAGCUCAUCCGAUGUCACCAUAGGUCCGCGCCUGUUUCUGUCGUGCCCGAUGGACGUGGACGGGUCGCAGGUGUGGUUGACCGACCUGUGGAACUACUCGCUGGUGCCCUACCUGCUGGAGGCGGUGCGGGAGGGCCUGCAAUUGUACGGCCGCCGCGCGCCCUGGGAGGACCCCACACAGUUCAUCAUCAACACCUACCCCUGGACCCAGGAGCCCGUGCAUGGCGGCGCUGAUUCACUCAUCAGAUUGAGACCCGAGGAUGUGGGGUACGAUUUGCAAGCAGUGGGAGGAGGGGUGACACCGGGAGCCGGGGGGGCCAGCAGUGUCAAGUCGAUGAGCUCCACGCAAAGCGACAAUGAUGGAGAUCCCUUGUUGAACAUGUUGAUGAGGCUACAAGAGGCUGCCAACUACUCAAAUCCACAUGGCAAUGACUCGGAUUCUAAUCUAAAUUCUGACAAUAUUCAAAACUCAGGGUCUGAAUCUACAAUAUAAUCGAGUAUUCUAAUCGAUUUUAAUAGAGUGUGUAAAUGAGUUAUAUUUCAUUGUAAAGAGAAUUAAUGUAGAAACAGAUAGUUAUGUGUAAAAUAAUCUGUAUGAUUUCAAUUACUGGUUGUGUAAUUAAUAUGUUUGUGCGGGUCUAUUAUAGUAUGUGCUAUGCAGUACUUUUUACCAAAGCUGUUCCUUACCAAAUAAUAGAACUGAUUCGGUGGUUCCCCCAUUUCUUUGCAAUGGCAAAUUUUUAUGAUGCAAUACUGUUUUUAAGAUGUUCUGGUUUAGAAUUUUUUGUUUGUAAUUGUAACCCAUUGUUUGAUGCUUAGACCAGUUAUAGAAUAGACACGCUGUAAAGUCUAGCCUCUGAAGCCAACAUCUACUGCCAAAUCCACCCAUCUUGACGUCACAACCAAGCUAACAACAAUGCAUUGAAUAACAACAAUGUAAGUUAAACACCACAAACUCAAAAAAGUUUUCUAUAGUGAGGUCCACGUUAUGAUGGCAGUGGAUAAAGAUAGAAGAAUAGCGAUGCCGAUUCUCUGCAUGAAUUAGUUAUAUUUCUACACUGUGAAAAACAUAAUUGACAUCGUUGUGGACCUAGAAAAGGAUAGUACCACCGGCUUUGUCAAAUGAUAGCAAAACCAAAGUAGAUCAAAUACUGUCAUUAUAACGUGGACCUCACUAUGUAAUAAUUUCUUUACGAUGCGUGACGUCACUGUUGUGAUGUCAAGAUGGGUGGAUUUGGCAGUAGAUGUUGGCUUCAUCGACUUUCAGUAUGAAAAUACAAUGAGCCGUGUCUAUUCUAUAACUGGUCUAAGGUUUGAUGCUAGAAGUUUUUUUUUAACAAAUGAAUCUUGAUACAUAUUAUCAAAGAAGAAAGUGAAAUUGCUGAAGAAAAUCGAUCAAAUGUUGUUUUUAUUUUCAUCGCUUGAAACUAUAGCACGAAUUUUUACUCUACGAUUAAAUUUUGCUUCCAUCGCCUGAAACUAUAGAAGCAAUUGCAACUCUACUUUUAUUCUUCCAUUUUCACGUCUCUGUCAUAAGUUAAAACAUUAAAAAAUGAAUGAAUUUUAACAACCUGACAUUAUAUCUAUAAAUUUCUUGUUUAAUUCAGUCACUGAGAUCAAUGUAUUGUAUUAAUAUUUUUAAUAAUUCAGCUUUUUUAAACAAAUGUGUUGGUCAUCUAACCUGUUUUACAGGGAUUUAUAUAAAAUCAUUGUUGAAUAUUCACGUCAUUCAACGUCGGAAUCCAAUCCAAAAUUGGAUCAAUAUUUUCAUAAUAACACUUUUGUUGUUUGGUCCACAUCAAUAAUUGCCUUUCAAACUCGAUAUUAUUUAUUUUACUUCUGGUAAUCUUAAAUAGUAUUUCGAUUAUUCAAAUCUCAAAUACUCCAGAAUUAGUUUUCUUAAUUUUUAUUGGUUGUGUUUGAGCCAACUAGUCAUAUGCAAAAAACAUCUUUGAUUUUGUUCUUCGACAAUUUCUGUUAUGAAUAUCUUUUCCAGAUAGUAAUAUUAAUCAUAGCUCUACUAUUCCAAAAUCAGUAUCUAUGUACGAGUAAAACCAGGUUACCAGUUUGUUUGAAAAUAUUAAUAUUCUAUUCAUUUUGUACUAUCAGUAAGGUUAUUGUGCUAAUAAGAAAUAAUCAAUAAUUUAUCAAGCAAUCUUUAGUAUUUUGUUGGUUUGAUAUUUAAAUGAAAAAGACUAAAAAAUUGUCAAAACCCACAGUUUUAUUGAUACUUAGAAAGACCAGUUUCGGUUAUUACACCAUUGUCAAUCUCUGGUAAACUAAAGAUUAUUUAAAGAUAAAUUAAAGUGGAUUUUUGACAAUUUCUUAGUCUUUUUAAUUUAAUAUGAAUCACCACAAUAUCAACUUCUCAACUACAGAAAAAGGUUUGAUAUUUGACUAGACCUCUUUUUACUUUCCUUGUCCUAGUUACUUAUGGAUUAUCCCCAUUAACGUUUGUCUUUGAUUUAUAUUUGCUUAAGCCGUAACGAAAAUUUUAUAACUCUGAGCUGAGCUCUUGAGAGAUCAUGUAAUAAUACUAAUAUUUUACUAACAAUAAGUGUGAAUAGGUUGUACUGGACACUUCUGGUAUAUUUUAGUAGUAGAAUAAAAAUAUUUCAGCUGUUGAAUGCGCUAAAUUGCAUCAAUAGGAAAAUAUAAAUUAAUAAAUGCAACACCACACAGGUUUUAAGUAAAGUAGUAUUAGGAAUGUGGAAUCUGAUAACUUUCCGAUAUAAUUUCAUGUGUCAUUCAUUGCAUGUGUUGUUCUAUUUCCUAAUGCUGUAUUCAAUAUUGUUUUACUUUCAUUCUAUAAAAAUCUUAUCAAAGAACAAACUUGUCAACAAUGUCAUUCAUCAUGUUUGCUCAACUUUCUCCCUAUUUUGAAUUCUUCAUUCAUUUGUAUUUUUCAUUAGAAGAAUAAAAUUAAUUUUUGAGUUGAUUAAUUACCAAUUAUUUAAUUGAAUGAUCAGUCAAUUAAAUGUUAUUAAGUUGAUCUUAAUAAUUACUUGUAAUACAAUUUUUCCCUCAAUAACCUUGUGAAAAAUUCUAAACCAAAAAUAUAGACUUGAACUGUAGGUUGUAUUUACAAUUACCGUAUUUCAUUUGUUCUAUUAUAGCCUAACCUGUGAAAUAUGAACCACUGUUUCAAUAUUCUUUAUGUAAAAAUAUGUAAUUAGCUUUCAAAACUUGUUCAUAUGCUUUAUGCUACCAUAUUUUCCAAAUGAUGGCUAUUUAUACAUUUUUAUAAACUUUUUAAAUGUAAAAAUUCAAUAGGGUGUAAUCCAUGCUGCCUCUACAUUAUAUCUGAAGAUCUAUGUCUAAAUACCAAAUACCUAUGUCUAUUGCUAACAAAGCUUACUCAAUUAUGCUUCUGAAAUAUUCAAAUUCUCAUUUAUUAGAUAUUUUAUUGUGAUCAGUUUCAAUUUAAAUAUUUGUUCAAUUUGAAUGCUUAAUCCGUAUUUAGUCUUUUUGCUUACUUAUGAAAGCAAAAAUACUUUGGUAGUAUGUAGUAAUUUCAUUCUCAGUUAAUUCUUAUCUCCUAUGAGUUAAUUCUUGUCUCCUAUUAUUCCACGAUAAGUCAUAUUGAUGUAAUACCGUACGAUAAUGCAAGUUCAGAUAAAUAUUCACAUAAAUUAACGUUCAAGGAGUAUGAAAACCGAUAUUUUUGCCUAUUCUCUUAAUAAAAGUGCCUAAAAUUGUUUCAAGUGCAGUUAGAUAAUUGAAUCUAAAACUGAAUAAUCAGAGAAUAAUGAGAAAUAUGUUCAAACCAGAGUUUCAAUUCAUCAUUUCGACUUACGAUAUGAAUAAUAAUUUAUCUAUGAAAUUAAAAUUUAUCAUUAAUAUACUGUUGGUUUUAGCUGAGAAUAAAUAAAUCACAACAUUUAACUUUUUAUCAACAUUUUUGGAGAGAAAUAGUACAGGCUCAGCCUAGUUUUUCCUUCAAUGUCAUAAUUUUAUUAUGAUUUUAGUAUUUUGUACAAUAAAUAAAUGAUUGAAAUGAAAUCAAAUUUUUUUCUCCAUAAAAUUUAAAUUCUAAUAUUAACUGACUGUAUAGUUUGAAUUAUAAACGUUUUUUGGAGUAACGUAUCUUUCAAAUACCAAUAUACUUGUAAUAAUCUCGUAAAAUCCUCUAAAUUGUUUACUUGUAAGGCUUUCAUGAAUAUUAGUUUAUCGUAUUCAGUCUACACACAAAUUCCAAAUGCUUGUAGCUUUUAUCUUACUGUAAAAAUUUCAUUUAAUGAAAUAAUCGUUGAAUUUCUUCAAAACUAAAACUCAUCUUUUAUACAUAGAACUACUAUCAAUUGUUGUGGUUGAUAAACUGAAAUAUAAACACUAUUGAGUUAUUUUAAGGAUAAAUUUGUCAUAACUUUGUAAAUAAUGAAUCACUACUUUUUUAAUUAUGUACAUUAUUGGGAUUCUAUUGUUAUUAGUUCUCAUUGCGUGUUUUCCUCCUUAAUUUCAAUUUUUUAAAAAAUUCUAUUCACUUCAUCUACAUUAUAGCAGUGCCUAUUUCCUAGUCAGCAGUGUAUAAAGUGCUUAUUACUGAAUAAAAUUUCUUACGUUUUUUUUUCUAAAAUAUAUACAUAUUAUAUAUUUUGAGAGUGUUCAGAUAAUAUAUACAUAUUAUAUGCUUUUAAGAAAGAUGAUAAUUUUCUAUCUACAGUGUACAAAUCCAAAUUGAGAAAUUCUUUUCCUCAAUGCCAAGCAUAUUUGCUUGCUUACAAUUAUAAUGGUGUAAAUGUGCUUACUGUUCAGUGUAGUUUCGAAAUGAAUAUUGUUUGAAUCAUUUUAUAUAUUCAUAAUUUUAUAUGAAAAUAUUGUAUCAAAAUCAGAGAAGAAUAUUCUAUUGUGCUCCUUAUAAUGUUAAAAAUACAGUUGUAAUAUUCGCAGUUACUCAGCCAUGCCACAAUUUGUUGACAAUACAAUAAAAAUUAAUGAAUUUUGUCAUAA